CAUCUCUCUCGAUUCAAUGUCCCCUCAAAAGUCUUAUAACCUUUUCUCUUUUGGUCCAUUUCAUCUCUGUGAUUCCCAAACAUCGCUCCUCUCUCUCAACCUCAACCUUUGUCUCUCUCCCUCUCUCUCUCCAUCCCUCUCUCAAAGAACCAUUUGGGCAUCUUCUCCUCAACAGUUCACUCGGGCUUCUAACUGAAGACCAGUCAAUGAGCGGAGGAGGUGGUGCCGGGGCCGGCUGGGUCGUGGUGCCGCAGCCGGCGGAGUCGUUUCUUGCUCCGCCCGACUUGGAGAGGGAGGAGCACUGGACCAGCUUCGACGACUCUGUGAAUGCUGUGUCGUUCGGGUUCGUGGCAACCGCCAUCCUCAUCUCCAUGUUCCUCCUCAUGGCCAUCUUCGAGAAGUUUCUCCGGGCCAGGUCAGCCACACAGCCUCCUGCGGGUCGGACGCUCAUGGACAUCGAGUCGGGCCGGAGGGAAUACACUGGCAAGCUCGACCACCCUUCACCAAAGGCUACCGUGUAUGCCAGGGAAGUGUCGGUAGUGAUGCCUGGCGAGGAAAUUCCGACCUUCAUAGCUCACCCGGUUCCUCCGCCUUGCCCUCCGGAGCGUGUCUCCUGGCCUCUCCAUCACCACCACAACCCUUGUCUCGGUUAUUCGACCCCAAACUCGAUAACCCCUUCUCCUUGUUCAAUACAAGACCAACAGUUUCGAGCUAGCUAACGGGGUAGUUUUACGUGAAACCAUUGCAAUAAGAUCCGCGAAAAGCACUGCUAACUUAAGUUCUGGGCUGGGGGAACAAGAAAGCAGAUCAUCAAAUCGACCUUCCAAGGAUUGAUCGGCUGGGGCAGACCAAAGGGUUGGUCCGCAGGUCCGGUGAUGAAGUCUUCCGAAACAGAGGAAGUUCAUGUUAAAGCACUUGCAGAUGUGUGGCACUGUGUAUGAUCCCUUCCACGAACUUGGCAUGUAAUGAUUAUCUGAAUCAUUAGUGGCAUGAGCUGUGCUUUGUGUAUCAAAAUUUUUCAGCUCUAUAA